CGGCGUUGGGGCGGGACUUACUCCACGGGGAAGGUUGAAGUGAAUGAGCAGCAGGAGCGGAGCGGGUUGUACGGUGAUUUGUCCCUAAACCCGCCAAAAUGACCAAGCUGGGCUUCCUGCGUUUGUCCUAUGAGAAGCAGGACACACUGCUGAAGCUGCUCAUCUUGUCCAUGGCGGCUAUACUCUCGUUCUCCACCAGACUGUUCUCCGUGUUGAGGUUUGAAAGCGUUAUCCAUGAGUUCGAUCCUUACUUCAACUACCGUACCACCCGCUUCCUGGCAGAAGAAGGCUUUUAUAAGUUCCACAACUGGUUCGAUGACCGGGCUUGGUAUCCUUUAGGGAGGAUCAUAGGUGGCACCAUUUACCCGGGACUGAUGAUCACAUCUGCGGUCCUCUACCAUGUCCUGCAUUUCUUCCACAUCACCAUCGACAUCCGAAACGUCUGCGUCUUCCUGGCCCCCCUCUUCUCCUCCUUCACUGCCAUCGUCACCUACCACUUCACCAAGGAGCUGAAGGACGCCGGAGCCGGACUGCUGGCUGCUGCCAUGAUCGCCGUGGUUCCAGGUUACAUAUCUCGCUCUGUCGCCGGCUCGUACGACAAUGAAGGUAUUGCUAUCUUCUGCAUGCUCCUGACCUACUACAUGUGGAUCAAGGCUGUGAAGACCGGCUCGGUGUACUGGUCGUCCAUGUGCGCUCUGGCCUACUUCUACAUGGUUUCCUCCUGGGGAGGCUACGUGUUCCUGAUCAACCUCAUCCCCCUCCACGUGCUGGUGCUCAUGCUCACGGGCCGCUUCUCUCACCGCAUCUACGUGGCUUACUGCACAGUGUACUGCCUGGGCACCAUCCUCUCCAUGCAGAUCUCCUUCGUCGGCUUCCAGCCGGUGCAGUCGUCGGAGCACAUGGCCGCCUUCGGCGUGUUCGGCCUGUGUCAGAUCCACGCCUUCGUCGACUACCUGCGCAGCAAGCUCAACGCGCAGCAGUUCGAAGUGCUGUUCAAGAGCGUCAUCUCUCUGGUGGGCUUCGUGCUGCUGUCCGUGGGCGCCGUGCUCAUGCUCACCGGUAAAAUCUCUCCCUGGACCGGACGUUUCUACUCCCUGCUGGAUCCUUCCUACGCCAAGAACAACAUCCCCAUCAUCGCCUCCGUCUCCGAGCACCAGCCCACCACCUGGUCCUCGUACUACUUUGACCUCCAGCUGCUGGUCUUCAUGUUCCCAGUCGGACUUUACUACUGCUUCAACAACCUGUCCGACGCCCGCAUCUUCAUCAUCAUGUACGGAGUCACCAGCAUGUACUUCUCCGCUGUCAUGGUGCGUCUCAUGUUGGUGUUGGCUCCGGUCAUGUGCAUCCUGUCGGGCAUCGGCGUGUCGCAGGUGCUCACCACCUACAUGAAGAACCUGGACGUGAGCCGGCCCGACAAGAAGAGCAAGAAGCAGCAGGACUCCACCUACCCCAUCAAGAAUGAGGUCGCCAGCGGAAUGAUUCUGGUCAUGGCGUUCUUCCUGAUCACGUACACCUUCCACUCCACCUGGGUGACCAGCGAGGCCUACUCCUCGCCCUCCAUCGUGCUGUCGGCGCGCGGCGGAGACGGCAGCCGCAUCAUCUUCGACGACUUCCGAGAGGCGUACUACUGGCUGCGCCACAACACCCCCGAGGACGCCAAAGUCAUGUCGUGGUGGGAUUACGGCUACCAGAUAACGGCCAUGGCCAAUCGGACCAUCCUGGUGGACAACAACACGUGGAACAACACGCACAUCUCCAGAGUGGGACAGGCGAUGGCCUCCACGGAGGAGCGGGCCUACGAGAUCAUGAGGGAGCUGGACGUCAGCUACGUCCUGGUCAUCUUCGGAGGGCUGACGGGUUACUCCUCCGACGACAUCAAUAAGUUCCUGUGGAUGGUCCGCAUCGGGGGGAGCACGGACACCGGCAAGCACAUCAAGGAGCACGACUACUACACCCCCACCGGCGAGUUCAGGGUGGACCGCGAGGGCUCGCCCGUCCUGCUCAACUGCCUCAUGUACAAGAUGUGCUACUACCGCUUCGGACAGGUCUACACGGAGGCCAAGCGCCCCCCCGGCUACGACCGCGUGAGGAACGCCGAGAUCGGAAACAAAGACUUCGAGCUGGACGUGCUGGAGGAGGCCUACACCACGGAGCACUGGCUGGUCAGGAUAUACAAGGUGAAAGAUUUGGACAACCGAGGUCUCUCACGGACAUAGAAGCUUCCGGCAGCGGCGAGGAAACAGCCUUUUAGCGCACAGCACUGAUCGCCUUCCCCUGAGGUCUGCAGAUGAGCGG